GCAACAAAUAUGAACAUACUGGGUACCAAAAAGCUUGCUGAGUUGUGUCAGAAAAUGUCUAAUUUGGUUGCCUUAGUUCACGUGUCUACUGCUUAUUGUCAUUGUGACCGUAAAGAAAUUGACGAAGUAAUUUACCCUCCACCCGUCGAUCCUGAGAAGUUCUUGGAAGCAGUGGAGUGGAUGGAUGAUCAAAUGUUGGAGGCAUUGACAUUGAAAAUACUGAAAGAUCGACCAAACACAUACACUUUCACCAAGGUCUUAGCUGAGAAUUACCUGGUUGAACAGUGCCAUAACUUACCCGUGGUCAUUGUCCGGCCUUCAAUAGUGACCGGAACGUGGAGAGAACCAUUACUUGGGUGGACAGACAAUUUCAACGGACCGACUGGAAUGAUGGUUGCUAUUAUUAUAAUUUUUGUCUUGAACUUCUUUGCACUGGACAGAUCCUUGAGUGUUCCUGUAUACAACUGUACUUCAGGCCCUGUUAAUAAGAUAACCUGGGCUGAAUGGAAUACAACGGUAAUUGAUCUGCUAAUUCAAAAUCCAAGUUGCCAUGUGGUCCGCUACCCAUCUGGGACGUUUCGGACAAGCCAGUUUUUGAACAAGAUUUGGAGGAUAUUAGACCAUUACAUACCUGCAUAUCUGUUUGAUUUUGUAGGUUUGCUUAUUGGCCGGAAACGGCGCUUGACUCGCCUGUACACUAAACUUCAUCGUGCUGUAGACAGCUUGGAGUACUUUACAAUGAAUGAAUGGACCUUUCACUGUAACAACGUUCUCAAGCUCUUUCAGCAGCUGGAAGAGAAAGAUAAAGAGGUGUUCAACUUUUCUGUGGAAUCCCUCAAUUGGUCAACCUACUUACAGGACUAUGUCCUUGGAACCCGACGUUUUGUACUUAAAGAAGAUGAGUGUACACUUCCCACUGCUAGAAGAAAUAUUAAAAGGUUGUACAUAUACAGCCGACUGACCUACGUCCUGGUGUCCAUCUUUAUCUGGAUGAUGCUAAUAUAUCGAUCCAAGAGGUUGCAGAUAUUUUGGAUGUUUCCAUGGUCAUUUCUUAAUCGUAAAAGAUAAAAUGCCUAAGCAGUGUAAAUAUAACAUGUUUGCGCGUUUCUUGUUCUCCGGUGCUUCCAGUUUCCAGAACUUGUAGUUUGAUUGUUUAUUUAACAUUUCUAAUAAACGUAGACGAAUUUCACUCGACACUUUUUAUUCUCUAUUGUGAAUCUGUUUGGAGACUAUUAAGACGUUUUCUCUCUCUCUCUCAAUACUAGAUAAUCUUAAAUAAGUUUUUACAAAGUGCCGAAACUUUGAUAUGGUAGAUUUCUCCAAUAUCGAGUUAUAUUACUAGAUUUUAGAAAAGAAAAAAAAAGAACGAUUGUUAUACACACAGAUGAACAUUUUGUGUGAUAAUCAACUCUUCUUUUAAACAGUUGAAUUAGUAGUAACGCUGCUAGAGAAGACUUGUAGACAAAUAUUUCAAUUUAGCACGUGCUUGUGAAGUGUAGAAAUAUGUUUAAUUCGUUUUAUUGUUUGGUUAAAUAAUUCACGUGUAGCUGAUAUCGGAAAAACGUACUUUAGUUUAAUAAACGUGACAUUUUUAUAGUUCUUUAAGGUAAGCAAUUCAGUUGUAAAUGUUUUAUUUAGAUUCUGGAAAGUUAGAAGUAAUACUAUCUUUGCAGAGUGGGGAAACUUGUUUGUUUGUAAUUAAGCACAAUGGGCUAUGUGUGCUCUGCCCACCACGGGUAUCGAAACUCGGAUUCUAGUGUUGUAAGUCCGCAGACAUACCGCUGUGCCACUGGGGGGGGGGGCUAGAGUGGGAAAACAAAAAUAGUUUGUUUCUACAAAAGAGCUAUGAUUUACACGUCAGGACUUUUGAAAUUUAUUAACUUGUAAAUACACUUUUAACCGAACUUCUGCAAAUGGUUUUGUUUUAGGUAGUAUAACAUUAUAAAAUGUAUUUUUAAUUAACGUUAGAAUUCUAUUGUGAAUGUUUAUGGAAAAGAAAAA